AACGCAUAUCGUUAUCCGUUAUGCGUUACACACAUUGAAAAAUAUACAAGGGUUAAAGUGAUUAAACAUUUAAAAUAUUAUAAUACGCUAAAUUUAUGUUGUUGACUUUUGUUUCAUCAACCAAUCAUGUUUGUGUUUUUGAUAAAGAUAAAGAUGGCAAACACUGUCCAGUGUAUGCGUAUGCGUAUCUGGACAAUCGCUACACAAGUACAAGUAUGCCGAAAAAAAUUGGAGAACAGUUGUUCAUAUUAAAACCAGACAAAGAACUCCGGUUUAAAGUGGAAAAUAUUUAUGAAACUGUCUUGCUAGAAUUGAAAUCUGGAGUGGCUGAAAUAUUUGGUUCUAUACUAGUGAUAGGAAAACCUUAUACAUUUCAUUUUGGUUCAUACGUUUCAAUAUUUACAUGGAAAGGAUGUAUAUUAAAAUUGUGUGGAAAAAAAGGAUUUACAUACACAAUAUCUAAUGUGACGCCUAUGAUGUCUUAUUUGAAAUGUCAUGCAUCGCUCGAACAAUUACGGCAAAAAGCAGAACAACAAAAAUGUCGGGGUCCAAUUACUAUGGUAGUUGGUUCAAAAAACACUGGAAAAUCCACAUUAUGCAGAAUAUUGCUUAAUUACGCGGCUAAAACUGGUGACAACGAUCGUAAACCUAUUUAUGUGGACUUAGAUCCUGACCGAGGACAAAUUUCGAUACCAGGAACAAUUGGGGCAGUAUUGGUUGAGAAACCUGCAGAACCAGACGAACAAUUUUCCCACAUAGCACCAUUAAUAUAUCAUUAUGGACACAAUUACAUAAAUAACGAUUUCGCUACAUUUAAUACUUUAGUAACGCAAAUGGCAAAGAUUAUUCAUGCACGAAUGGCCGUCAAUCCUAUUAUAAAUAAUUCGGGAAUAAUCAUCAACACUAGUGGACAGAUUGAAGGGAAAUAUUACGACACCCUGACUCAUAUAGCUCUUGCUUUUGAAGUUGACGUUAUUCUUGUAUUAGAUGAAGACCAAUUGUACGACCACCUAUUACAAGAUAUGCCUAAUUUUGUAAAAGUUUUAUAUCUUCCCAAAAGCGACUGGUUGCCAGUAAGAAGUAAAGAAAUGAGACGUUUAACUAUGGAAAAUCGAAUCCGCGAAUACUUUUUUAGCAAGCCUAAAACCAAGUUUUAUCCAUAUACCUGUUGUGUAAAGUUUAAGGAUAUUAAAGUGUUUGGAAUUAGUGAAGUUGAUUUUAAACCAGCACUUGUGCUUGUUAAUCCAGAUCGGAACAUGAUGUAUCAUAUUUUAGCGGUUAGUUUUGCCACAACGACUGAGGAAGACAUUAUUAGGACAAAUAUUGCAGGUUUUGUGUGUGUGAUAAACGUGAGUACAAAACAGAAAAGACUAAUUCUGCUGUCUCCUUUGCCGAAACCUUUGCCAGACGCUGUUUACCUCAUUUCGGACACAAAAUUCAUAGUCCGUCAACACUGAAAACUAUACUGUUGAUUGUUGAUUUACUAUUGACCAUUAGUUGUUUUAUAGGCUAUACUCUAGAAAUUAAAAUGUUUUUAAUUAUUAUUUUAUUUGUUACAUAAAGUUGUUAUAAUGGAUUUUCUUGAAAUUUCACUUAUAUUAGUGGGUUUAUAUCUUUU